ACCAACAACAACAAAAAAAAAAACAGAGCAGAAGGAAGCAGAGCAAAAAGAAACUGAGAGCCGAGGAAAGGGGGGGAGAAAGAAGGACAGAAAAGCGAAGAUCGUGACCUCCCCCACCAAGUGAACCUUGCACAUAUGUUGUGUAAAGUGUGUGCAAAGCAGAGCCCUGCUGCGCGGUGCGCGCGCGUUCCGCGGCCGGUGCCUGUGGCGGGCGGCGCGGCGUUCGGCGGAGCGAAGCGGCUAAUUGCGGAGCCCCGGCCUUCAUUUACAUAUGCAGCCUGAGCCGGCUGGAGCCGCGCCAAUCCGCGCUCGCCCCCAGCACCAUUAAGCGCCAUGCAUUAUUCACAAUCAUAAUUACCGAGCCCCAUGCGCGCUCCGCGCAGCCGCCCCAGCCCGCCGCGCACACCCCGCCGCUCCGCGCACACCCCGCCCGGCUAAUCCCCACUCGCUCCCCCACUCACUCCCAGUUUGGUUGGCUGGUUAACGUUGCUUUUUUUUGUUUGUUUGUUUGAUUUUUUUUUUUCCCCUUUCCCCCCCCCCUUUCUUUUUUUUUUUUUUUUUUUUUUGGUUGCUCGCAUUUUCUGCUGUUGUUUGCUUGGUUUGUUUUGCAACUCGACUUUUAUUUGCGAACAGUUAUUUCCAGCCCCCCACCCCGCUUCCCUCGUUCCCAAUUCCUCCCCCCCUCCACCACCAACCCCCCUUUCCACCUCCACGUCGCUGAUGCCUCUGCAAAAAGCAGAGUCAAGACGGCUCAGUUAGCAGCAUGUCUCGUCGAAAGCAAGCGAAACCCCAGCAUCUCAAAUCGGACGAAGAGCUGCAAGCGGAGGUAGUUUCUGAGCACGCAGUUCCAGGAGAAGGAGCAGAUGAUGGUGACAGCGGGAACGAGAGCAGGAGCGGAAGCGAGGAAACCAACGUUUGCGAGAAGUGCUGUGCUGAGUUCUUCAAGUGGACAGACUUCCUGGAGCACAAGAAGAGCUGCACUAAAAACCCCCUGGUGCUGAUCGUGAAUGAAGAUGAAGCAGCUCCACCUCCCGCCGAGGAGUUCCCCGAGCCCUCGCCCGCUAGCUCUCCCAGUGACCAGGCAGAGAGUGAAGCUGCUGAAGAAGGCGUCCAGGCGGAAAACAAUGAUAGCUCUGAGAUAAAAACCACAGAAAAGGAGGAAGAGCCGAUGGAGGUAGAAACUUCUGCGGAGAAAAGUUUCCAGAAUCAAGGCACCUCAAACACAGCUACUCCUCUACCUCAGAUCCCUGAACCAUCUUCCAUGACAAGCUAUAACAUGCCAAACACCAAUGUCACGCUAGAGACUCUGCUGAGCACGAAAGUGGCGGUCGCGCAGUUCUCGCAGAGCGCACGGGCCACCGCUUCUACCGGCGUCAGCAGCGGGGUGACGGCCGUGGCCAUCCCCAUGAUCCUGGAGCAGCUCAUGGCCCUGCAGCAGCAGCAGAUUCACCAGCUCCAGCUCAUCGAGCAGAUCCGCAGUCAAGUGGCGAUGAUGAACCGCCAGCCGCUACGGCCGUCCCUCAACCCGGUGGUGGCCGCCCAGGGUGGUCCCGGACAGGCGUCCAACCAGCUGCAGGGCUUUGCCACCAGCGCUGCCGUCCAGCUCACCGCGGUCAUCCCUCCCGCCAUCGUGGGCCAGGCCGCCAGCGGCCAGCCCGCCGCCUUCGACGGCUCUCAGCACAUCUCGAGACCGACAUCUGGAGCAAGUACGCCCAAUAUAGCCAGCAGUGGCUCUUCGGCCCCACCUGAGCCAAGCGUACCUUCCUCCUCGAACGCAAUUACAUCCAUAACGCCCGUUUCCGUGUCAAACGCGCCCCACAGCGCUUCGCAGCCCCAGAACGCUUCGACUCCACCUUCGAUAGGACAUGGAAGCCUCACCUCAGUGUCCAGCCUGCCAAACCCACUUCUACCUCAGACUUCAUCAAAUAGUGUGAUCUUCCCCAAUCCGCUGGUUAGCAUCGCUGCAACGGCUAAUGCGCUGGAUCCUCUGUCCGCCCUUAUGAAGCACCGCAAGGGAAAGCCACCAAACGUGUCAGUGUUUGAACCCAAGUCAAGCUCUGAGGAUCCCUUUUUUAAACAUAAAUGCCGGUUUUGUGCCAAGGUCUUUGGAAGUGACAGCGCUUUACAAAUUCACCUCCGCUCGCAUACAGGCGAAAGACCUUUCAAAUGUAACAUAUGUGGAAACCGCUUCUCCACAAAGGGCAACCUGAAAGUUCAUUUUCAGAGGCAUAAAGAGAAAUACCCUCAUAUCCAGAUGAACCCUUAUCCUGUUCCAGAAUACCUCGAUAAUGUGCCCACCUGCUCUGGAAUCCCGUAUGGGAUGUCGCUGCCCCCCGAAAAGCCGGUCACAACGUGGUUAGACAGCAAGCCUGUUUUACCGACCGUCCCGACUUCCAUCGGGCUCCAGCUGCCCCCCACUAUACCUGGUGUGAACAGUUACGGAGAUUCUCCAAGCAUCACUCCUAUGAGCAGGUCACCCCAGAGGCCUUCUCCCGCCUCCAGCGAAUGCACUUCUCUAUCCCCGAGCCUCAACACUUCUGAGUCGGGCGUUCCAGCGUCUGCCGAAUCCCCGCAGCCCGUUCAGAGUGGCUCAUCUCUGACCAAGGCCGAACCUGUCACUCUGCCUCCCACGAGCACGCGGCUCGGGGACCUCUCUGCAGGUGGGCAAGUUUCCACAGCUUCCACGUCUUCAAUUCCUGCUGCUGUUACGGACAGCUGCGUUGCGACGAGCCUCCCAAACCCUGUGCUUCCAGCUGUGUCUGACCAGUUCAAGGCAAAGUUUCCAUUUGGUGGUCUGCUAGACUCUAUGCAAACGUCAGAAACCUCAAAACUGCAACAGCUGGUGGAGAACAUUGAUAAGAAGAUGACAGAUCCGAAUCAAUGCGUCAUUUGUCACCGUGUGCUCAGUUGUCAGAGCGCUCUCAAGAUGCAUUACAGAACGCAUACAGGAGAAAGACCAUUUAAAUGCAAAAUUUGUGGACGUGCCUUUACUACGAAAGGCAAUCUAAAAACACAUUUUGGAGUUCAUCGAGCGAAGCCACCACUUCGGGUACAGCACUCGUGUCCCAUUUGUCAGAAGAAGUUUACAAACGCGGUUGUUCUUCAGCAGCACAUUCGUAUGCACAUGGGUGGGCAAAUUCCGAACACGCCGCUACCGGAGGGCUUCCAGGACGCCAUGGACUCGGAGCUCGCCUACGACGAGAAGAACGUUGACACGCUGAGCAACUUCGAUGAUGACAUUGAUGAAAAUUCAAUGGAAGAGGACCCCGAGCUUAAGGACACGGCAAGUGACUCAUCCAAACCCCUUAUCUCUUACUCCGGGUCGUGUCCUUCUUCGCCACCUUCUGUGAUCUCCAGUAUUGCUGCUUUGGAGAAUCAAAUGAAAAUGAUUGACUCUGUCAUGAACUGUCAGCAGCUGACCACUUUAAAAUCCAUAGAAAAUGGAUCAGGGGAGAGUGACCAUUUGAGCAAUGACUCCUCCUCAGCCGUUGGUGAUCUUGAAAGCCAGAGCGCAGGCAGCCCUGCAAUGUCAGAGUCUUCUUCCUCCAUGCAAGCUUUGUCUCCUGUAAAUAGCAAUAGUGAAAGUUUCAGAUCAAAGUCCCCAGGUCUCAGUAACCAGGAAGAGCCACAAGAAAUACAAUUAAAGACAGAAAAACCAGACAGUCCGCCACCCGCAACUGAAAAUGGAGGCGCAUUAGAUCUGACAUCCACCAACCCAGGAAGACCGGUCAUCAAAGAGGAGGCUCCUUUUAGCCUGCUGUUCCUGAACAGAGAACGUGGUCCCAGCCAAAGUACUCCUAGCCUGGUCACCAGUACAGCACCUACCAUGAUCAAAAUGGAAGUGAAUGGUCACAGCAAGCCGAUCUCUUUGGGUGAGGUUCCCUCGCUUCCAGCUGGAAUCCAGGUUCCUGCUGCACCAGAGACAGUGAUGAGUCCAGGGAUCACCCCUAUGCUGGCACCCCCCCCUCGCCGGACUCCCAAGCAGCACAACUGUCAGUCGUGUGGGAAGACCUUCUCCUCAGCAAGUGCACUGCAGAUACACGAGCGCACCCAUACCGGUGAAAAACCGUUUGGUUGCACAAUCUGUGGUAGAGCUUUUACCACAAAGGGGAAUCUCAAGGUUCACAUGGGGACGCACAUGUGGAAUAACGCCCCUGCGCGCCGCGGCCGCCGCCUCUCCGUGGAAAAUCCCAUGGCUCUGCUCGGUGGUGACGCGCUCAAGUUCUCCGAGAUGUUCCAGAAGGAUUUGGCAGCUCGGGCCAUGAACGUUGACCCCAAUUUUUGGAACCAAUACGCUGCAGCUAUCACUAACGGACUUGCGAUGAAGAACAAUGAGAUUUCUGUCAUACAGAACGGAGGCAUUCCCCAGCUCCCAGUAAGUCUAGGCGGAGGCGCCAUCCCGCCUCUCAGUAACCUUACCGGUGGCAUGGACAAAGCUCGCACGGGCAGCAGCCCUCCCAUUGUCAGUCUGGACAAAGCAAGUUCUGAGACGGGAGCCAGUCGUCCAUUCACCAGGUUUAUUGAGGAUAAUAAAGAGAUUGGCAUAAAUUAAAAGCGUUCGCUCCAAAUAACUCUUGGACCGCUACUCGACACACCACUUGUCCCGUUCCGUGUACAGCUUCUGAAGCUAAGCAUUAGUUUCCUGAACUAAAUGCAUAGGUUCCCUUUAAAGUCUUACCCCAUAGCAGAAAUACAUAACUUUGUGGCUGCUGAAAAGUUGUCUUGCAAGAUCUGCAUGGUACUUCUUUCGACAGUGAGUUUGACUGUUACUGAGAACUUUGAAACCUUUUAAUUUAACAGAAAGCAAACAAACAAACAAAUCAUGGGAUAACUUUAUUAGAAACAGAAAGAGGCUAGUCUACGUCCACUUUGCUUCUUACAAAACUUACUAUCACCUGAGAAAGGGGGGCUUCAUUACGGCAUUCUGUCACACUUAUUUGCUGGUUUUGUUCAAAUUAGUUAGCAACUUGGACUAUGUUUUUAGGAGUCUUAAUCUUAAAUAAGUGAUUUAGUACCCCAAUGCUGUGUAUUAUUACAGUAUCCUUGUCUGUAGUAUUUAUAAUGUUAAGAUUAUGCGGGUAACAGACAAUAUACUAGCCCCAAACUUAAAUGAAGCUUUUGUACUGCAAAAUACAUCUGGCUGUGUGAUUUUUCUUUUUUUUUUUUUUCUUCUUUUCUUUUUUUUUUUUUUUUAAGCGAGUUUUGUUUUACUAUAAAUAAGUGGUUUAUUUCAAUGCAGGCAAAAUUGUGAAGUUUUAUUGGGAAAGAUAGCAUGCUUUUCAUGUGCAAGUACCUGUCAGUAACAAACCUUUUUUUUAUUUAAAUAUUUGUAGCUGCUAUGUGGACAGUUGUUCUAUUAAAUGAAAAAAAAAAAAAUGUAGUGUGGAUUUUAGCUCAAUGAUUGGAAAACAAGUUACAGACAAACCUUAGCACCAUAAAUUAUUCACAACAUUAUAAACAGUUGUGAAUAAAUAUUCCAUGUUAUCAAAGCUGUACAAUAAAAAGGUAAUGUUUGUAUAAUGUGGUUGCAAACUCUUAAUUUAUACUAUUGCACUUUUAGUAUUUUGUAUUAGGGAGGUUUGUCUAUAAUUUGAAACUGAACAAAGAUGUAAACUAUUUUAUAAAUAGUACUUUGACUUAAGGAAUAAGGAGGAGAACCCUGUUGCAGUGUCUUGUUUUGUUUUCAGGUCAAACAAUGAGAGAUCUCUAUUAACUAAGCAGAAAAGCCGCAGAGAACUGUCAGAUCCUUAGGAAAUAUGGGGCCUGCCAUUUCUUGAAUGGAAAUGAUUCAUUUAACUUUUCUACAAAGCCCACUUAAAAGCGUGACCACCCCCAACAGAAUUCUGAUACAUUUAUCUUAGGAGUGUGAUAUUAAUACAAGUCUAGGAUAGAGGAAGGAGAGCAUCGUGGAGGUUUAAUUUUACUGUAAUCUGUUCUGUCUUUCAUACAUACCCACGAGAAAGAUGUUGGCUGCCUAAAAAUGUGGGGACAAACCAGUAACUCUCGGGCAGUGUGAGCAGUAGUAACAUACAACUAUUCUGUAUUUAUUUCCAACUCGUGCUGAUUGUCUUCUCAGAUUGCUCCAAAGCACAAUGUACUCAGAUUAAUCGGAUAUAAUUUUGUGUUGAUUGCAUUGUUUAAAUUACACCGAAGUAAAUAAAGGGAAUGGUUCCACUCGUAAGCUAGGCUGGGGAUGCUGAGGAGACUGGGGCUUAAUCAAAACUUGAACAGUAAACGUUUUGUGUACUACCUCAUUUUUGUGCAUUACAAGCAUGGUGGAGCUGACACUAUGAACUUCCGUCCAGCAGAAUUGCUCGAGGGACAUUAUGGGUAGCUGGGUAACAGCGCAAGGAGUUUUAUGCCCCUGAAGAACGAAUCAGACAGUGAGGUCUUCUCAGUUGAGACUGAAAAAUAGGACAAUCUUUCUUCCACAACAAAAACCAUUACUGUAAGAGGAUGGACUAUUUCAGCCAUCAUGUAAUGGAGUGAAAAGAGGUGCAAAGACUUAUUAACUGUUUGUUUCUAUUGGAAAUAAACAAUGAACUCUACAGCUCCAUUUUCUACAGUGAUGAGAUAGAGAUAUAUAGAAAUAUAUAUCUCUCUAUAUAAGCAAAAUUAUAUAUCUGUAACACCUCUACAAUAUAACAUCUUUUUUGCCACAGUGUGUGGGUGGUUAGGGGUGUUUCCAAGCAUUGAAAAAAAAAAAAAAAAAAGAAAACUGAGGUGGCUUAAUGUUGCUGUAUUUCAGCAAUUGAAUGUUUUUAUUUAUCUGUGUCAUUUUUGGUGUGACUUUUUUUUUUUUGUUAGUAUUGGGUACCAUGUAGUGUUAUCUCUAUUCCCUAAAGGAUGUGUAUAACUUAAAAAAAAAAAAAAAAGAAAGAAAAAAAAAAGAGAAGAAAAAAAUGAAAAAGGUAAAAAAGAAAAAAGAUGUAAAGUGUUGUAAAUAAGAUGGUUGAUGAUGGUACAGUAAGACUGACCCCAUUUUGUAUUCAGGGUUAGGUCAUUCCUCUCUGCAUGGUGAAGAGAGACAUUAUUUUUAUACUGCGAUACCAUGUAGGGCUAGGAGCCUCCCUGAACCAGCUGGGAAUUGUUACCUAGAUCCAAUAUUUUUUAUUAUUAAAUCUUGUUGGCUUGACACAUCUACUGAUUGAAAUGGAUGUCUUAGUCUAGGUUACUAUUUUUGUCAUAUGGAAUUGAAUAAAAUGCAGGAUGUAAUAUUAUUUCUGAAUUGCGUUCCUUGAUUAUUCUAAUAACAGAGCAAGAUAUGAGACUAAGGUCACUUGUGGUAGAUUGGUGUCAAUGACUUCUAAUCGUCGCAUCUGAAAAUCGGAAUAAGGUCGACACCUUGUAUUCAAAUGCUAUUCUAAUAUAUAUUAACAGUGCAAAGGGGUAGAAUUAUUAAAAUCUCUUUUCCAGUAAAAAUAAAUCAUAAGAGCAUUUCUUGCAAGACAGUAGGACAACAACAACAAAAAAAAAAAAUGCAAACCAAACAACCAAACCAACAUUUUGGGGGGGGGGGGGAAACAGCCUUUGGAAGGGCUACUGUUUCAAAUUGACUGCUUUCUGAACACUUAUAAUGUACUAUUUACCAAAAAAGCCUCCUUUUCAUGUUGUUUAAACAUCUGCCUAAUAUUCACAAUACACUGCAUGAUAAAAUUUGGGAACAAAUUUAUCAGGAGCAGUUAAAAUUCUAAAUUACAAAAAAAAAAAAAAAAAAGAAAAAAUUGACAACUCGCAUCCAUUCAUUCCAAAUGACAUAACCUGUACAUUUAAACCCAUGGCUUUGUUUCUUCUUUUUUUUUCAAGACCCUAAUUUAUUAAAGCAUGUCUAACUUGAACCAAAUUAUUUUUUCACGUUGAUUUAAAUGAAAGUAUUUACAUUCUUAAGGUUAGGCAUGUGAUUAAGUAUCUCUUGCAAAAAAGCUGUAUGUUUGAGUAACCUUCAAGCUGUUAUAAUCCGGUGAUGAAUGCCUGCUGCAUUUAAAACGGACAAAAGAUAAAUAAAAGAGAAAAAAUCUGUAUUAAUCAUCUUUCAGUGGCCUUGUUAUGAAGACACUCUGUUUUAUAAGACCUACACAAAGAAGGAAUGAGUUUCCUCUGGUGACUCAACAACCACAAUAGGUUUGUGCUUGUGUUCCUGCGCACACAUCCCUGAGCCUUGCUGAGAGAAAACAUGAUACGCAAAAGAGAAGGAAAGCAAGGGACGCUGAUAGUUACGGGUCUGUUCAAAACACAAGAGGAAAAUUACCUGCCUUCCUCUCCUCUCCCCCAAAAAAGGGUGAAAGUGGAACGGUAUCUAUUUUUAAAUACGUAUGGGUUAUUUUUUUUUAUUGCAGGACGACAUUAAAUAAUAAAAUGUGCUACACAGAUAGAAAUGGUCAAAGUCUGCUGAAUUACAGAUGUUUAAGAACAGAGCCAUGUAGGAACUCUAUACAAUCAGAAAAAUUGCCAGUUACAAUUUUUUGAGCAGAGGGUUAUUUUACAACAUCAAAAUUCCAGCAAGGCUUUCAAACUCUUCACUUACAUUUUUUCCAUGAAUCAUUAGAAAGAGAGCAUUUAUGACAAAUGAUUGACAUUACUAGGCUUUUGCCCUUUUUUUUUUUUUUUUAUUUCUGCUUGUAUAUAUUAGCCCUCGAUACACUAUCUGCUCCUUCACCUAUUUUGUCCUUUCUAUCUUGGCAAAUACUUUGUUUUUCUAAGGCUGCAUUUGUGCUGUAUUUGUGUUGCCUUUCAUUUACUUCUCUGCACGUACUCCGUCAUUUGGAAGAUCCUGUGGUUUAUUUUCUUCCUUUUUUCUCUAAUUCUGCAGAAGUCAAAAGAGCUGCCUGUUUUUUACAUCUAUGUGUAAUAGUAGCGUAAUGAAUGAUGAGCUCAUCAGUGACGUGAUCAGGUACGUGCGUAGCUCACAGGAUUUGCUAACGAACAUGCCGUUGGCGCUCUUCCCUCCCGCUGAAGGCGUGAAGUUUGUUAGCGUCGCUGGUCUAGGGCAGCCACCGAUGGUCGGGGGGCUGGAGGUCCUGCCCCUAACUUCGCUGCGCCUGCUUUUACACCAUUGAAACUCUGUGGCUUUGGUGGAAACACUGCAGGUUUACACUGGUGCCAGAGGGAAUGCUUCCAGAUUCAGACGUCUUGCUUUGCUUUGUGUGUCAUCAAAACAAUGGCUAGCUAUAUAGGAUAUUAAAAGUAUGUCUAGGCAAAAGUAUUCUGGACUUUUAUUUUUGAAAAGAGGGAAAGGAGAAUACAUAUAUUUUAGUACGUACCACAGGAUUAUCCCAGUUUUAAAGGAGGUCCUAAAAGCUGAAUCUGAAAAAAAGAUGACUGUGCCCCUUAAUAUAGAAUUUGAUGUCAUCAUAUGAAUAAUCAGUCCUUUUUCACAUUAGAGAGUAAAAGAACCUGCAACUUUUAUGCAUAAAAGUAGAAUGUGAGAAUGUUGCUAUGGCUCUGCUACACAAGGUAGGCACUCACAGCCUUCCCUGUGCAGAUAUUAAAGGUAUCAGCAGAUAUAUGAAAAGAAAAA